UUUGUAUUUCUCCCAUUUAGUUUAUGAGACCUGCAAGCUGGGAACUCAUUCACCACAGAAUUUGGGAAAUCAAAUGGAGAUAGAUUCGGGGAAAUCACCAUCUUCGGGUUUUGUUCUACUGGAUUGUCCUCAAUCAAUGAAAAUAGAAAGCAGUAAUGCGUCACUUGUGGGAUCGAUAAGCGAUUAUUUUCUCUCACUGUCCAAUGGCUGGGACUUGACAAGCUUUUUAAAGUCUCUCUCGAAGGCUCUCAAAGCUUUGAAACUUGGUACAAGUUUGUCCACAAACCUAAAAGAAGGAAAUAGUGGUCCUUGUACGGUAAUCUACGUGGUGUGCCCCUUCCCGGAGCCUAUGGCCGUUCUACAAACUGUUAUUGAAUCUUCUGUUUCUCUUGGAUCAAUUACAAAUUCAUCUGACAGAGACAGGAGAUCUAUUUUGCACAGUCAGGUUGGGAAGGCAUUAAGCUGCUCAGCUGCUGUGGAUGAAGCAUCUGUAUCCAAUGUUCUAGUGAUUUCUGGUUUCAGCAUUCCCAAGUUGGUACUGCAAAUUGUGACAGUUGAUGCCAUUUUUAGGGUUACAAGUCCAGGUUUUAAUGAACUUCUUGUUCUCAAGGAGACUGCAUUCACCAUAUACAACAAGGCUCGGCGAAUUUUACGAGGAUCCUCUAAUGAUAUGGUUAAUACAUCAUCAUUUUCUGGUAGAUCUCAUUCGGUUUUAACUCAAAUGACUUCUAUUCCAGGGAUGUGGAAGGAUUGUGUUGGUUCUCGAAUGACAGGACCUCCCCUUCCUAGAGAGGGUGAAAUCGAUGCUACCUUGAGGCCUAAUACUUGGGAUAAUUCCUGGCAAACUAGAACUGGUGGAUUAAGUUGUGAUCCUAACAGAAACGGAGAUUUUAUUCUUCAAGAUGAAAUUCGUUUUUUGUUUGAACCACUUUUUAUUCUUGCGGAACCUGGCUCCCUAGAGCAUGGACUUCAAUCUACAGUUUUUGGUAAUCCAACUUCUGAAUCAUCAAAGCAAUUGUCCGAUGAUGUUAGUGGAGGCUUCAUGCCUAGUGGAAGUUCGGUGGGAAGUGUUGAAGCUGGAUCAAGCUCUCAGCUUGAUGGAUCUGAGUCUGAUGGCUUUGGGUCUGCCCAUCAAAAGACUCUUCCAAGCCUACAUUGCUGUUAUGGGUGGACAGAGGACUGGCGUUGGCUUGUAUGCAUCUGGACUGAUGCUAGGGGAGAAUUGCUUGACAGCCAUAUAUUUCCAUUUGGUGGAAUCAGUAGUAGGCAGGACACAAAAGGUCUGCAAUGCCUAUUUGUGCAAGUUUUACAGCAAGGCUGCCAGAUAUUGCAGACAUGUUCUCCUGAUUCCGGUGCUGCAAAGCCAAGAGAUUUCGUGAUUGCACGCAUUGGAAGUUUCUAUGAGCUUGAAUACCUAGAGUGGCAGAAAGCCAUUUAUUCAGUUGGUGGGUCUGAGAUGAAGAAAUGGCCUUUGCAACUACGUCGAUCUGUGCCUGAUGGGAUGCCUUCAAGCAGUAAUGGCACGUCCUUGCAGCAGCAGGAGAUGAGUUUGAUCCAAGAGAGGGCACUGCCAUCCUCACCUAGUCCAUUGUAUAGCCCUCACUCAAAAUCUUCUGGCUUUAUGAAAGGUGGUUUAGGACAACCUGCCGCAAGAAAACAGCUUAUUAGUGGACAUACAAUGGUUGACAACUCAAGGGGGUUGCUUCAGUGGGUACAGAGCAUCAGCUUUGUUGCAAUUUCAAUCGACCAUUCUUUAAAUUUAGUUCAUCAAGCAGAUUCACCAUCUCCUGGAGGAAGUCAAGGUAGCAGUGCUGUGGGCCUGUCAGGCUAUUUGGAAGGUUUCACCCCUGUAAAGUCCCUCGGUGCUUCAUCUGCAUCAUACAUAUUGAUCCCAUCACCCAGCAUGCGCUUCCUUCCUCCAACACCUCUCCAGCUCCCCACAUGCCUUACUGCCGAGUCUCCCCCCCUCGCUCAUCUCCUUCACAGUAAAGGCUCUGCAAUUCCCGUUUCCACAGGUUUUGUGGUCUCCAAAGCUGUACCAUCUAUGAGAAAAGACCGCAAGAACAACUUGAAAGAAGAAUGGCCUUCUGUACUUUCAGUUGGUCUAAUUGAUUAUUAUGGAGGUAAUAACAUUACCCAAGAUAAAAUCGUAAGGGGAAUUAUCAAGCAGGGAAGAAGGACUGUAAGCUCAGAAGCUAAAGAUUUUGAAAUAGAGACCCAUUUGAUUCUCGAGUCUAUUGCAGCAGAACUUCAUGCCCUGUCAUGGAUGACUGUGAGCCCUGCUUACUUGGAGCGUCGAACUGCACUGCCUUUUCACUGUGAUAUGGUUUUAAGAUUGAGAAGGUUGCUUCAUUUUGCUGAUAAAGAGCUUACACAGCAGGCAGAUAAGUCACAAGUGUAGGAUAGUCUGAUAGCAGCACAUCACACGCUUGUUCUCUUACUGCAUUUCUCAAUGAAAGGCGAAUGUACAAGCUAGCUCUGUUGGUCAUGCGAGACUGCUUUUAUGCUUGGAUGUCCAAUAACAUGUACAUGUAUUUAUGUAUUUAAUAGUAUCUCACUGAUCAGUAGUUGUGCUUUUAGAAUUUCCAGAAAGAAAUCAGUCUAGG